AUGGAAGUGAGUUUAGCCUCAACGUGUAUGCCACUAAGCUUCAAAUCGAACAAGACGCUCUUGAAGCAUAACAAUAACAUUUUCCACUCUCAAAUUCCCACCCUCAAUCUUUCAACCAAACGCAGAACAACAAUCUUAAACGCAAUCAGACCCACUCUAUCCUCCAACUGGCUCGUUUCCGAUGAUUUAUCUGCCAAAACUGCUUCUCCAUGGCUUCCCAACUUCGAAGAACUUGACACUACCAACAUGCUUUUCCGUCAAAGAAUUGUCUUUUUGGGUUCUCAGGUGGAUGAAAUGACUGCAGAUUUAGUAAUCAGUCAGCUUUUGUUUUUGGAUGCGGAAGACCCUACGAAAGACAUCAAGUUGUUUAUAAAUUCACCCGGUGGUUCUAUUACUGCUGGAAUGGGAGUUUAUGAUGUCAUGAAGUUAUGCAAGGCAGAUGUGUCAACAGUGUGCCUUGGAAUUGCAGCAUCCAUGGGUGCAUUUAUCCUUGCUGCUGGAACAAAAGGGAAGAGAUAUUGUAUGCCGAAUUCUAAAGUUAUGAUUCAUCAACCGCUCGGGUCUGUUGGCGGAUCAGCUACCGAAAUGCGCAUUCGUGCGAGAGAAAUGUCAUACCACAGGAUUAAGAUAAACAAGAUACUAUCAAGAAUUACACGAAAGCCUGAAGAGCAGAUUGCAUUGGACACGGAUUGGGAUAAUUAUAUGAAUCCUUGGGAAGCAAAGGAAUACGGUUUGAUUGAUGAGGUUAUUGAUGACGGAAAACCAGGAUUAGUUGCUCCAAUUGUAGAAGCAACACCACCUCCGAAAACUCAGAUUAAGGAUAUAUGGGAAUUAAAAAGGACAAAAGGUAAGAAGAUACUGCCCUCAGAGGAAACACCAACUGCUGUAUGA